UCAAGACCGACCACCAUGACUCUUCUAACCGAGGACCAGCCUUGCAGGUUCUCUGCACUGGACAGCCCGAUCGCAUCCAUGGAGCAAUACCCGGUGGAGUCGGGGCGGAAAGAGGACUAUUUGGACUGCAUGGAAACAGCUGUGUUUGGAGCGGUGGAGCCUCCGAAGCGCUCCAGAGGAAGGCUUAUCAUGCACGGCAUGGCCAUGUUUGGAAGGGAAUUCUGCUAUGCCGUAGAGGCAGCUUUUGUCACGCCGGUGUUGCUGAGCGUUGGACUCCCCAAGCGCUUGUACAGCCUGGUGUGGUUCAUCAGCCCUGUUUUGGGUUUUAUCCUGCAGCCUGUCAUCGGCUCGGCAAGCGACUACUGUAGGUCCCCAUGGGGCCGAAGGCGACCAUACAUACUCUUGCUCGGGAUUAUGAUGUUAGUUGGCCUGACUUUAUUUUUAAAUGGAGAUGCGGUCACAUCAGCUGUACUAGAGGACAGAAAUGUUAAAAGGACAUGGGCGAUCGUAGUGGUCAUGUUUGGAGUGGUGAUGUUUGACUUUGCGGCGGACUUCAUUGAUGGACCCAUUAAAGCCUAUUUGUUUGACGUGUGUUCUCAUCGUGAUAAGGAGAGAGGGCUUCAUUAUCAUGCCUUACUCACAGGACUAGGUGGAGCAUGUGGAUACCUGAUUGGAGCCAUGGACUGGGGUCACUCUGCGCUUGGUUUCGCACUGGGUUCAGAAUACCAAGUUAUCUAUUUUUUCUCAUCGUUGACCUGGGGCAUUUUUCUCACCAUGCACCUUUUCAGCAUCCCAGAGAAACCACUGCGGACAGAUCACGGUUCAGCCGCCUCGCUGCUCCUGGAAGAACCACAUCAUAACGGCUACGGCGCGGUACAUAAAGAACCACCCCCCCUGCCUGAAAUGAGGCAGCGCUCGUUCUCUGCCCUGAGUGAAGCCAAUGCAGUCACGCCCAGUGUCAAGCAGCCUAGCAGCGAGGUACAGAAGAGAAUGACCCUGAAAUCUCUGCUGUCAGCUAUGAUUAGCAUGCCCAGCCAUUACCGCUGUCUGUGUGUGAGUCAUCUGUUAGGCUGGACGGCCUUCCUGUGCAACAUGCUCUUCUUCACUGACUUCAUGGGGCAGAUUGUGUACAAGGGGAAUCCCUAUGCUGAACACAAUUCCACCUCAUAUGCGACGUAUGAGAGAGGGGUUGAAGUGGGCUGCUGGGGCCUGUGCAUCAACGCCGUCUCCUCUGCGCUCUAUUCAUAUGUGCAGAGGCUUCUCCUUCCAUAUAUUGGCCUGAAGGGACUGUACUUCCUAGGCUACUUCAUGUUUGGCUUGGGAACCGGUCUGAUCGGCCUAUUUCCAAACAUUGUGGCCACGCUGACAUUGUGCAGUGUGUUUGGAGUGAUGUCCAGCACUCUCUACACGAUCCCAUUCAACCUCAUCUCGGAGUACCACAAGGCUGAAGAGGAGCAAAGGAAAUUGGGUGGUGAUGAACGAGCUCUGGAGAGCCGUGGCACUGGCAUGGACUGCGCAGCUCUUACCUGCAUGGUGCAGCUGGCUCAGGUCAUAGUGGGAGCUGGUCUUGGAGCCCUGGUCAAUCUAGCAGGCAGUGUGAUUGUCGUGGUUCUCUCUGCCUCAGCGGUAUCCUUAAUUGGUUGCCUCUUUAUUGCUGUCUUUAUGUGAUGUACAGAUUAAGCCUCAAAUAAAUACACUUUC